AUGCCGCCACGAUUGUCGUUGCGGCUCCUGCAGCCCAGACCGGCCCCUUCUGCCUCGAGAUCUCUAUACGACACUAUCGCCUCUGUAACAACAAUUCCCUCCUUUCUUCUCCCGUUCCUCCACGUCCAAUCCCGAAAUGCGUCCAUCCUCAGCUCACUCUCCGAUACGCCAGGCGCAUACAACCGACGCAUCAGACGCGGACGAGGUCCGGCUUCAGGCAAAGGAGGGAAGUCAGGGCGUGGCUCGGACGGACAGAAACAGCAUGGCAAAGUACCGACGGGCUUCAAUGGAGGCCAGACGCCCGACCACAUAGUCCAUGGCAAAUAUGGCUUCAAAAACUUACACGCGACGGAAAUGUCCCCCAUUAACCUUGGCCGCAUACAAUCCUGGAUUGAUCAGAAACGGCUCGACCCUUCACAGCCCAUCACAUUGUUGGAACUUGUCCGGUCGCGCGCCUUACACGGGAUCAAAGAUGGCGUGAAACUUCUCGGCGACGGUGCCUCCGAGCUGAAAACGCCUGUUCAUAUCAUUGUGUCCAAGGCAUCGCAGUCUGCCAUCGCGGCCGUCGAAGCUCUCGGCGGCACGGUCACUACGCGCUUCUAUACUCCCCAAGCGAUACGCCGGAUCCGGCUGCAACAGAUGCACCCCUUCAUUUCAUUGCGGUGGGACCCUCUGGCGCUGAACAAGCCCUCUUUAGCCGUCCAUGGAGGCGAGUCGCUGAAAGACCGCGUUUCGGGCAUGGGCUACGAAUACCGCCUACCGGACCCGACGUCGCGUAAGGAUCUCGAGUAUUACCGAGACGCCAAGAACAGGGGUUACCUGAGCCACACGGUGAAAGAGGGCGAAGGUGCAAGUCUGUACUUCAAGCCGCCUAUCAGCGAGGAGGAGCUGAAGGCGCUGAAAAAGAGAAGCCAUUCAGGCAAGGCUGGCCAGGCUGCCAAGGCCAAGGAGGAGAACAAACUGUGGUAA